CCUUGAAAUUGAAAACAAAUUCUAAUGGCUGCUUUGCUUGAUGAGUGAUAAAACGUGUUGAAAAUUGAGUUAUAAGCGAUAUUUACGUCAUAUUAAUCAGUUUUUGAAGACUUACACAUCCCGCAUCAGUUGUGUUUAUGGAAUUGUGGAGUGGUAAUAUCCAAAUUAUCUAGGAAACCCUUAAAAUCCGAAUUCUAUAAUAAGCGUGGGAUACAAGGACUGGAUUUUUAUAGAAAAUGGAGGAACCACCUAUGAAAAAAAUGAAACCUGAAACUAUUAAGGAAAUCAUAGAAAAUAUCAUAAAAGUGCUCACAGAAUCUAAGAACAAUUUGAAAGCUGUCCUUAGUCAGGAUUUGUAUGACAAUAUACCUAAAACAAAGGUGUAUGCUGGACAAAUUAAAGACCCAAAAGAAUUAUCAAAAGUGAUUCAAAUUUUGAAUGAAAAAUUGCCUCUGAAAACUUUACAGCAUUUGAAAAGAGUGAGAAAAAAAGAUGUUCUAUUAUUUACUUCAUCCGAAUUGAACAAUGCAACAACUAUUCAAGAAUUUCUAGAAGAAAUUGUGCCAGAGUUGAGUUCAAGCUUUGAAUAUUUCAAAGAAAUAGAUGUGCCAGCAUUGGCUCCUAAGUUAAAAAGGCAGUCCAUAGAAGCAAAUAGAUUAUGGUCUUGUAAUUUUCAUCCAAAUUCAUAUUUAGAACAACUGGCCAGUGACAAUUGUUUUAAUGAUGGUGAACUUAAAACACAUAAGGAGUGCAUGAGAAUGGCUUUUGAGAUAGCCAGAAAGCAUUUAAUGCACAAUUUAAUCUCUUCCAUAGACAAUAUUCAGAAUUUAAAUGCAUGUGUUGUUUAUGACCCAUCUAUACAGUCAGUUGUUGCUGUAUCAUUUGAUAAUCGUGAAAAUCAUCCAAUCCAACACAGUGCAAUGAUUGCCAUAGAUAAUGUAGCGAAAACGCAACAUGGCGGUGCUUGGUGCACAGAUAACAAAGGAAAUAUAAGACUCAGUGGCAUAGAUUCAGAACUAUUGACAUAUUUGAGAGAGAAAUUUGAAAAUACAAAUUUUGGAGCAAAAGCUUUUCGUCCCAAGUCUGAAAUUACAGAUGAUACAUACGGACCCUACUUGUGUACAGGGUAUUAUGUUUAUAUGAUCAGAGAGCCGUGUUUAAUGUGCGCAAUGGCUCUUGUUCAUGCCAGAGUGAAACGGGUAUUUUUCUGCAUAGACAAUCCAAAUUUUGGAAGUUUGAAAUCUAGAACAGAGCUGCAGAGUGUUCCAUUUUUAAAUCAUCAUUUUGAAGUGUUUACCGGAUUUUUAUUAUAGUUUUAAGAGCAAUAUUUUUUUGUAUGUUACAUGAAAGUAAUAUUGUCGCGAGGGCUAGUGAAAAAUUAAUCAUUCCGCUUAGGGCAUUGAUUUAAAUGAUAUGAGACGCACAUUACCUUUCAAUAUUUUUUUAAAGAAAAAAAAUAUUUAAAUACUUAGUAUGCUAUGUAAAUGUAAAUUAUGUAAAUCAUUGCUCAAAGUGAAAUACGCCCGAAUAUGAUAGUGUUAUUACUUUGAUAUUUUUUAAUAAACAUUGGUGCAUACAUUUUAAUACUACGAAGUUCCAUAUUAGGUACUUCCUAUUGCGACAUGUUAAUACAAUAAAUUAUUAUUAUUAUCUACAAUAUACUAAUAAUGUUUUUAAUGGUGUUUGAUUAAUAUCUUGUUCACAGCCCAGCCCGAGUAAAAUCUGGCGUAAAAUCGUGUGACAUUUCCCUAAAUCUUACACAUUAUAAACAAAUUUAAUUGCAAACCAAUCCUUUAAUAGUGUCAUGAAAGUUGUCGUGUGUGUUUCAUUCCACGUAAUGAGGAAUCCGAUUAUGAAGUGACUUAUCCUAUAGUAGAAAAUUAUUACUUUUAAAUAAAUUAUUGUGUAGCCCA